AAGUAAAUCUUAGUGAUUACAUAACAUAUUUAUAUAUAUAUUUUUGAAAGGAUUCAUAUAUAUUUGUAUUACUCCCACCCAUAAAAAUUGUAUAAUAUAUUACUCAUAUGGUCAAUUAUUAUCUAAAAUAGUCAAAGUUGUGUAAUCAAUUAAAAUACAACGUGUUAGUUGUAUUAUGUGGAAACAAAUGAAAAGUUGAACACACUAACGCUAGUCUUAGCAAGACUGUUACAAUAAAUACAAAUUAACAAUCUAUGUCACAUAUACAUAUUUUGUUAUGUAUGUAAAAAAAAAAAAAAAAAAAAAAAAAACUAAUCUGACAUUUAUAUAUUUAUAACAUAACAUCAUCAUAGCUCUAUUAUUUAUUUAUAAUCUUCUAAUAAUAUUUUUAUUCCAUGUAUGUAAACAUAAUUUGGCUACCAAGAAAAACAAAUAGAUGCCUAAUAAAAUAGCUAAAUAAACCACAAGACAAAGUUGGGCUUUUCAGCUAUGUUUAGCUUGGUUUGCAAGCGAUUCCCUUAUUUAAUCAGCGAAAUUAAUUAUGUCGUUUCCGGGGGACAAAAAAUGGAAAUCGAUUAUCUAGAUAAGGCACUUUAUUUUAUUCCUAUCUUUUUAUUUAAUUAAUAUUUUCUUGUUAUUAAAUGGAAGUAAUUAUAAAAAUUAGUUAAAUACUAAAUGUAAAAGAUGAUUGCUCUUGUUGUUUCUAGUCUAGUCUCUCAUUAUUAGCUGCCUUUUACUUUGUCUAUUUCACAACUGAAACAGCACAGGUGGCCUUAUGUAAUUCAGCUUCUCUCUCUCCCUCUCUCAUUUCUGUGCUGUUUUUUCUUUGGCUUUCUUGGCCUGAAUUUCUACUUCAAACAUUGGAUGGUAGGGGUUUAUCUCUGAUCCAUGUCUCUGUUACAUGCUUGUGCUUUUCUCUGUCUUAAUUCUUCAGAUGGAUUCUCUUUGAUAUUUUCUUGUUGAAAAUUUUCAGAUUUUGAUUUGUAGCUCACUUUUCUGAUGAGUGGCAGUAGCAGCUGAUCAGUUGGCUAGGUUGGAAGAUAGUAUAGAUGCAAAGAAGAUAGAUACACUUUACAAAGAUUUUGAACAUAAACAUGACUAAUAAUUUUUGUUCUCCCCUCGAAGAUCAGAGAGGAAAACAUGAAUUUCUGAUUGAGGUUUCUAACAAAGAAAAACAGCUAUGGAGGUUGAUCCAUACCAAAGAUCUAUUGCAUAAUGAUGUUCAGGAACUGUAUCGCAAAGUCCGAUCUAGCUAUGAGAAACUCAUCUUAAAUGAUUGUGAACAAGCAGAACUUCAAGAUGUAGAGUAUUCUUUGUGGAAGCUUCACUACAAGCAUAUUGAUGAGUUUCGUAAAAGGAUAAAGAAGAGUUCAAAUGUAGAACUAUAUAAAACCAAUCAUAUAGAAGGAUUCAAAAUAUUUCUAUCAGAAGCAAUUGAGUUCUAUCAAAAUUUGAUUGUGAAAACCAGAAAUGUUUCCAGGCUUCCACAAGAGUCUUCAUCUUGUAGAAAGGGAGGGGAAACUGGGUUUUCUGAACCAAAGAAAAUGCAGAAAUGCCAGUUCUUAUGUCACCGCUUUUUGGUUUGUCUUGGGGAUCUUGUUAGAUACAGAGAACAGUACGAAAAACCUGACGUUCAAAAACAUAAUUGGUCGAGGGCAGCCAUUCAUUACAUGGAAGCAACAAUGAUUUGGCCAGACAGCGGGAACCCUCACAAUCAGUUAGCUGUAUUGGCAACAUAUGUUGGUGAUGAAUUCCUUGCUCUGUAUCAUUGUAUAAGAAGUCUAGCAGUUAAAGAACCUUUUCCUGAUGCUCGAGAUAAUCUUAUCCUGCUUCUAGAAAGAAACAGGUCUUCCUGUUUACCAUCUCUAUCAAGUGAGGCUGACUUUGAUUUCUCAAAACCCUCAAAGAGAAGCAUUACCAUGACAAAUUUGAAAUCAAUUGAUGAUAUAUCAUACUGGGCUACAUUGAAAGAUGAGGAUAAUGGCUCCUUACCAGCCCUUUUUUGUUCUCUUUUCAUCAGAAUAAUAAGUUUCUUUUUCAUAAAAUCCAGUUUGAAAGAAUUCCCUUCUGCUUUUACAGCUACUGUAAAAGAGUUGGAUGCUUUGAUGGCACUAGAUGAUGCACAACUGAAAGCCUGCCUGGAAUCCUAUCAGCAUAUGGAUUUUGUUAAAACAGGCCCCUUUAGAGCCCUUCAAGUUGUUUCAGUAUUCCUUUAUACUCUGCAAUGUUUAAUAAAAACCCCACAAAUAAAAGAUUUCGAAUGUAUGGAUGAUGAACAGAAAAAUUUGGUAAGACAAUUGGCAUUGACGGCUACAUUCAUUUUCAUGGGACGGUUUAUUGACAGAUGUUUAACGGCAAGUACAUUAAAUUCUUGCCCUCUUUUACCUGCUGUGCUUGUUUUCAUCGAGUGGUUGGCAUUCAUGCUUGAUGAAGUGGAAUGUUGUGUGGUUGAUGAGAAAAGCUGUAAUGCCAUGUCCUACCUGUUUGCUUCGUUUGUUAAUCUUCUUAGGAGAUUUGGCGUCAUUAGAAAUAAAGGAGAUUAUUCAGAUAGUAGUCCUCUGUGGGAAGACUAUGAACUGAGGGGCUUUGCACCUGUUGCUUCUGUACAUGAAUCAUUACAUUUCUCAUCUCAAAUAGAGCAUAUAAAUAAUUUUGAAGAUGUGACUGAAGCCCGUGCUCAUCGAAUCAUCAAUGCUGCUAUAAGAAUUUCAAAGAGAUCAAAUGAUUCUCGGAAAUGGAUAAUCUAUGACCAGUUGAGUGGGAAAUUCAGUGGUGCUCAUGAGGUUGAGUUGAAUGACAUUCCAUACAGAAGAGAUUUGGAGGAGGCAGAGUACACUAGUUCUGAUCGUAAAACAGAACUUUCUAACGAGUGUUCCUUGGAAGAAUCUCAGAAACAGAUGGAACUGGAAAAUUUAAGAGCAAGCAGAAGUUCUAUUACUGUUGAAGAGGAAGAAGUUAUUCUCUUCAAACCUCUUACUAGAUACAAUUCAGCACCACUUAGUUGUAACUCGAGCAAUCCAACCUCUCCGAAAGAAAUAGAGGGUUCAAGUGUAUCUUCGGAUGACUGCUUACGUCGUGCUACAUCACUCCUUAUAGCACAAAACCAGGCCCAAGGUAGUUCUUUAUCUGAGCCGGCUGACGUUAGUAACUUUGGCCAGAACAAGUCAUUUAAACAUCAAGGUCAUAUUUUCAAGGACACAGGAUUGCAGCCAUUCCCAGAUCCCCCAAUCUCUGCUGGGCCUCCUUCACUCAAUGCUUGGGUUCUUGACAGUGGGAGUUCAAACAAAAGUAAAGACAAAUCAUAUAAUGGUGCUAAGAAACAUGUAUUGAGUCCUAUAGAGGAAGUUGCUUCUGAAUCAUUAUGUGGUCUCUCCAUGACCGAAAAUGAUGAUUCUAUCAAAAGUCAUCCAUUUACAACCACCCAUUACUCUCCCUCACCUUAUGCAGCUCCAGUACCUUCUGCUCCUCUUCUUCCAGCUGAUGCAGCUUGGGUUAAAGACACUCAAUCUAGUGUUGGUAGCAGCAAAGCCUCUGAGAGCCUCAACAUAACAGAAACCUUGUUCAAUACAUCACACACGAGCAGCAGCUAUCCUAAUUGGACUGCUACACAAGGGCCGCCUAAUUACGGUUUCAGCAUCAUCCCAGGUUUAACAGGCAACUUCCCACCUCAACGCCGAAUGACUUCUUCAGAGUGGCUUCGGCAAUAUAGAGAAAAUUGCAACAUUGAGAGCAGUUACAACCAUGUCAGGCCCUUGUCUUCCUACUUCAAUGCUCCUGGAAAUCUAGGAAACAUCCAUAAUGAUCAUAAUUCUUCCAGCCCUGAUCUCUUGGAUCAAUGGGGAUAUCCUUUGGCUUCUAAUCCAACAAUGAAAACAGUCCCCGGAAAUCCAUUUUUGUAUCCAGCUUAUCCUCUAGAUUAUAGCGCUAUGGAUUUUCAAAGAAGGGAGAAGCUCUUGUAUGGUUACCAAAGGCCAAGCCCAUAUGUGUGUGGAGCUGUGACAGACAAGAUAAAUGAACCACAGCCACUUCAGCAGUACCUGAAGGAGAAAGAAAUGCAACUCCAGCGAGAUCCAACGGUCAUGAGAGGUCCUACGUAUAUGGGAAACUAAGAUUUUUGAACAGUAGUAUAAAAAACUAUAGCAUUAGCAUGAUUCUGCUUCGUGCAGACAAAUUUCACGUGUUUAGUUUUGUAUAAAUAUAUGCUUAAGUAGACCUUCUAACACGUUUUGAGUUUGAAAGGAUGUAGGAAAAUCCUGCACAUCAUCGUUCGUAUAAAUAUGUGUGAACUUUAUAAAGAAUGCUGCAAACAAUAACAUUUAUGAUUGUGAAUCAAAAAUAAAA